GUUUGUGGGCACACCACCAACGCUGGUAUAAAAGAGUAUAGUUUAAAUUGCGCUGUGAAACACCACAAAUAUAGAGCUUAACAAAGUAGCGUCCAAUGUGGUCUCCGCAGCGAGCAGUCGCAGCAAUUCUAGCACCGUGAACCAUCUGCAGAGCAUUUUUGAUGCUCUCACUAUUGCUCGAGAAGGUCGUCUACUCGGACUGUCACUUCAUUAUUAUUAAAUUCCUAAACAUCUUUUUUAUUUUAUAGUAUAUUUUAUUUAUAAAUUUUCAUUAGAAGUCUGAAAAUGAGUAAAAUCCUUAAAGUAGUAGGUGCCUCGUGGCUCCAAACCAAGAUUAGCUCAUAUGUUCUGGGAAUACUCGGUAUCCUGGCAAUAUUAGCUCUCUUCGUCGGACAGAUUGAAAGAAUUCAGGAAGAUGGCAAUUACGCAGCAACGGUAUUUUAUUCAGAGAAAACCGGAUAUCGCAUUGAAUACUGGGGACAAAGUAAUGAACUAGCCGAUAUACCUAAAGGAGCUGCACGAGCUUAUUUUAGAAUGGACGUUGAAACAACUGGGUGGUCUCUUUUAGAAGUAGAAACGGAUGCUUCAUACCCUGAUGAGAUUCAAGCGUACGCGGCUGGCAUAGUAGAAGGGGCGCUCACCUGGUCCCUUAUUCAUACUCAUCUAGAGAACACUAUAAGAGAACGAUGUGAUGGUACUUUGCUGGAGAAGCAAUGCAACAAACUACGGGACGCUCUUGACAAAUCCGUGGAAAUUUGGAAAUCACAUGCGUCUGAGCGCGGCAGUAUCGAUCCAUUGUGGCAUCAAAUCUCUCUAUAUUACAUUCAAAUCAGUGGUGUCUUUACUGGCUGGAAACAUGGUGUAGAACGUAGCCAAAAUGAAUAUGAUACCGAUAUAUCCGAUCUUUAUUGGUUGAACUCGGUCGGUGAGGUGGCAGAAAUUCAGCAUAAGCUGAACAUAUCACUAGAAGAUGACGUCAUCGACUCUUUGCCUGAUCUCUCCAGCAGCUAUUUAAGAAUUGUCAACGAAACUUCUGAAGGUACCACCACUAAAAAAAUCUAUCUCGCUCAAAACAGAGCAGGCAGUUACACUUCAAUGACUCGAAUCCUGAAACGUUAUAAGCUGAACUACCACCAAACAUCCACGAAUACUUCAGAAUUAGUCCCUGGGUUGUCUGUAGAUUUCUCAGGAUACCCUGGCUCUGUAACCAGCCAAGAUGAGUUCUACUUGGUGAAAGGACACAAGCACAGACUUGCAAUAUCAGGCAUACCAUUGAAGAACUACAACGAGAAACUUUGGAAAGAAGUUAAUAUAACUCAUCAAGUGCCACUAGGUCCACGUAUUCAUGCUGCCAAUCAUUUAGCAUCCAACGUAAGUUCAUGGGCUCAUAUCAUUGCAAAUAGCAACUCUGGUACUGGUUCAAAACAGUGGCUGUUGGUAGACUUUGAUAAGCUGGACCAAAUCCACGAACUGACCUUACAAGAAAACCUAUCCAGAUACAUGAACAACUACAUUAUCACUGAAAGCACAAUCACCAGGGAUGUCAAACACACGAUUAUUCACGGUAACAGCUCCACACAAAAUAUUAAAGGUCUAGCAUGGCUUGUUGAGCAAAUCCCUGGGCGUACUCAUUCCGCCGAUCUCACCGAAGUAUUACUUUCACAAGAUUACUGGGCUACUUAUGGCUUACCAUUUUUCAAUGAUAUCGGUGAAGACACCCAUAUCCAUCAUAUGGAAAAAUUAUAUGGGAACGUAUUUUCUGAAGCGGAGUCACCCAGAGCAGUUAUAUUCAAAAGAGGUUUCAAAAACGCCACUUCCUUAGACAGUAUCGUGAAGUUAAUGAGGCAAAACAACGUAACAGCCAUCAACCGUGCUGGUAAUGAUACAGAUUGUGAUGCCGGCAUCGCGUGCAUGGUAGAAGAAAUUGGUUACUGGUCUGUACUUGGCGUUCGUGGCGAUAUGGUUCAGAAACAAAAUGACGCGUAUGGAAUCAUCGAUACAAAAAUUGUCAGCGGCAUUGCCAACAAACAAUCUACUGAAUUUGUAGCUCUAUCUGGUCCUACGUAUACAAAACCAAAAACAAUUAAACAGAACAAAGGAAAUAUAGCACCAAUAUACACGCACCAGUUUGAUAAUAAACCAACUAUCGACGGCCUCGAAAUCAGAGAUCUUGUAAAACAGCAGAUUGAAGAAGCUCAACAAGAGGAUUUGGAAUAUCUCAAUAGAGAUGUUAUAAAACCUUUCAAAUGGUCUGAAAGCGAAUUCAAAGACAAAAAACAUCAAGGACUUCCUGAUAGUUGGGCCUUUGAACCAGUCGCACCGAAAUGGUCUUGGUGAAUCUUUUACUGAUUAACUUUUAAAUUUGUCCAAUUAAUUUUAAGGUCUAGCAGUUUAUUCUGUCAGAUGUUGACAAUAAUAAUUUAGUGUUUUUCUUUUUAUUUAAACAUCCAUGUAGAAAUAAUUAAUAUUUAUAAUCCAGUGAUAUUUUAUGUUCAUCAAUCAGAUUUAAAUCACCUUCAAUCAUUUUUUGGUUGUCUUGCGUUUUAUUUAUUGUCUUUUGUUAGGUUUACCUAUUUAUUUGUAUAUUUUGUCAACACAUUGAAUUAUAAUUUUUUGUUAGUUUUUUUUGUCAAGUCUUAGUAGUGUCAAUUGAAUUACUUAUAUGUUUGCAUAUCGUUUGUGUCUAAAAAUAUUUCAACGUUAUAUAAAGGCGUUGUAAUAUUUGUAUUUUGUGGGUAAAAUCACAUCCAGUUUUAUAUCUCAAAUAAAAUAUGUCCUAUUUUUAAGUAAUUUAAUAAAAUGAAGUGACUCAAAGAUAAGAUUUCGAUUUUCCACUCGAAAAUAAAAAUAUAUUUU